AGUCAACUUUCGGCCCACUGCUAGAGAUCUUUGGUAAGGGCACCAUGACCCUCCAUUGGGAGUCUGUCAUCUCGUUCAGACGCGAUGAGGCCCGAAACUCUGGAAAGCCAGGCCUUGAUCCCCGUUAUUUCACCAGAUGAUGCGCACCAGGAACUAGUGGGUAUCUCUAUGAAGCUGCUGAUGGGUAAGGUCCAUAAGGAUAUUGACGAAUUCGACGAAUGGAGCGUUGCCAUUGAAUCCCAGUCUUUCCUAGAUUAUGCAGGAUCGAACUGGUUCCUCCACACCCGAGAUACUCAAAGAAUCACAGGUGACACACGAAAAUACUACUCUAGUGGUUCCAAAAGCGAACAGAGUGCGCACAUCGCUGGAACGAGGAAAUAUACGCUUCUGAUUCGCAAGCCCUCGACUCUACCACACCUAUCCACAUUGCAGCCUGGACAGGAGCUGUGAGCAUGAUCAAAUUCGCCGUAGAGACGGGCUGCGGGUACAACAAUACAAUGGAGGAUGGGACUUCGCCACUGUCUAUACCAAGUAUGGGCACGAAGACGUAGUCACAUACCUCUUUUCUCGAGGAGCGGACCCGAAUUCGGUCGACCGAGACGGUGCUAACGCAAUUAAUCUAGCUGCUCGUCGGAAUCACC